AUGGCCGUAAGCCCGACACUCGGUACGGGGCUGUUCAUCGGCGCCGGUCAGGCCCUGGCCAUCGGUGGCCCGGCUUCACUGCUCAUUUCCUACAUAUUUCUAUCGUUGUUGACCUACUUCAUGGUUACGACUGCCGCUGAAGUUGCCACUCAUACACCUUCUCGAAACGGUACCUUGGUCACACAUGUCUUUCGAUACAUGACUCCUAGCAUGGGAGUUGCUGCCGGCUUUCUCCGCUGGUAUACCUUGGUCAUGUUUGUCCCAUACGAGAUUACGACAGCAGUUGUGAACCUUGGCGUGUGGAACCCCGGACCUACUAUUGUCAGCCGACUGUCUAUCAUCACGACCGUCGUCGUUGGCUUCAACUUCAUCCCCGAGCGAUUAUUCAGGAGCUCCGAGAAGCUGCUCACUAGAAUCAAGAUCGGCACCAUGAUCAGUCUCCUCUUUCUGUCUUUUUCUAUUGCAAUCGGUGGUGCUACUGGACACGAUAAGUGGGGAUUCCAAUACUGGAAGAAACCUGGUGCGAUGCAUGAAUACUUGGCUAAAGGCGCGAUGGGAAAGUUUUUGGGCUUGCUGCAGUGUCUUCUAACCAGUUCCGUCGCCUUUACCCUCGGCCCCGAAAUGAUCGUUCAUCGUGCCGAGUCUCCUCAAGUACCGAGCGAGUCUGAAGUGACCGAACAUCUAGAUCCGGACAUCCAAUCUAGCGUGCCACGACAGGUGACCCUUGACGUCGCCACUACGAUCUUCCCAUAUAUCCUGAGCACCUUUGCAAUGGGGUUGAUGGCCCCAUACAAUGAUCCUCUUCUUACGAACAAUGGAGCUGGGGCCGGCUUGUCUCCCUUCGUAAUCGGAUUCAACGCGGCGAAAGUUCGGAUUGUCCCCGUCAUGGCAACUGUAUUGAUUUAUAUUUCUUCGGUUGCCUCCGGUCGAUCGUUUUUAUUCGCUGCUUCGCAUGUACUGGUCGCCAUGUCAGAGCUCGGCCAUGGAUUCAAAUUCUUCCAAGCCCACAAUAGAUACGGCAUUCGUUACGUUGCCGUCACAGUGUCCGCCCUGCCUGCUCUUCUCGCUUUCAUAUCCGUUGCGAUUUCCAGCUCAGUCGCGUCGAAUUACUUUCUUCUCUUCCUCACCAGCUCUGGCUUCGUGUCCUGGCUCAUCUCAGCCUCCGUGUAUCACCAUUACAGAAGACAAAUGAAAUUGCGAGGCAUUACCAGCGCGUAUCGGUUCGACAUCCAACCGUUCGGUACAUACUUUGGAUUUGCUGCCAGUGCUGCGAUGAUCGUGGCCAAUGGUAUCGCUGGAGUACUGCCUGGCCCUCGGAAUGGGACAAGAGGUGGCAGGCUUCUCGCUGCUUAUAUCACUCUCCCCAUGUUCAGCUUUGUAUACCUCUUCCAUCGGUUCCGGGAUUUUGUUCCCUAUCGUGCUCAAGAGAGCGAAGAGCGCACUGGAAAAGGUGGCCCUGGUAAUCUCACGACUCGAUCGCCCCGUCGGCGGGGCCAGGAAAACGGACGACCCGAUAAUGCAUCAUCGCUCGAAAUGGAUCAAGUAUGGUCAUUGGCCGUGGAAGACUAG